CGUGUCAUAUCAGUCAAGGUCUUCUACACACAACAUGUGUAUACAAAGGUACUUUGUGUCAACUGUUCACACUUACGACUGUAAUAUAAAGGGUUAAGGGCUAUAUAUAACAAAAUAACAGAUUAUUUUUCAUGUAAACAAUACAAGAUGUUGGAUUUGGGAUUUGUGAAGAAAGAUUUUACAUCUUUGAUUGGAAACAUCCAUCCAUGGAUGCUGAGUCAUUUUGUUAUGUGGUUGGAUAUAAAAGUUGCAGAGUACAAAGUGUAUGGCCAUAUGGUUCUAGAUGAUACUCCCAAUGACACUCCACAAUGGUUGAGAGGUUAUAAGUCAUCUGAUGUGUUGGAUGUGGUAAAGUCCCGUGAAAAUGAUGAGUCAAGGUCACAUUCUGAAGGAUCUUCAAGUAGACCAGCUUUAACACUUGAGUCACCUUCACCUGCAAAGCAGACUAGAUUGAGUACAUCAUCAUCACUUAAUCAGUCAUGUGAUCAUAGUAGUUUUCCUCAGUCUCACCAAACACCACAAAGACAAAUAUCACCAUAUUCACAAACACACCAAAGUUUGCCUACAUUAGUAAAACAUUCUCCGAUUUACAGAAAGGAAAAACCAACAUCAGCGGAGCAUUCUAGUGAAAAUAAAAUUCUUCCAUGUGACAAUGAAAAUAGACGUGCACAUUAUAGAACACAACAAUACAUGGACAUGAUAGGUGAGAGAGACUUCACACAGGGACUUAGAAAUACACAGGUGUCCCAGAUACAACUUCAGGAAAGAUGGUCACAGGAAAUUGAAAAAAGUGUCAAUCAAGCUGGCGUCAUUAAAGACAGAAAUCUCUCAAGUCAGUCAAGUUUUAAUCCAGUUCAAGCGUCUAAACAGGAAGUCCCAUCAGAAACAAUGUCUAGAAGUACUAUAGUUCUAAAUGAACCACCAGAACACAUCAAGGAGCUCCAGAAAAGACUUACCUUUGAAGGUUCUCAGGAGGUACCUGGAAAGAAUGCUGGAAAUAUUUCAUCAGAAUCCACUAUUCAAGAUAUAAUAAAAAUAGAGUUAUCGUCAGAUGAAGAAUCUCAGACAGGCAAUUCUGAAAGUCAACAAGGGGAAAUGACUUGCUUAGAUACUGGACAGACUGAGACUAAUUUAGAUGGCUGUAUGGAAUUUGAUCCAAAUGACCAUUUACUACAGGAAACUAAUUUAAAGGAAUUAGCUGAUGAUAUAAUUCCAGUACCUGUAUCACUGUACUCAAAUGAUGUAAGACCUGCAAAUCCAACAAAUGCUGGUUCCAGGAUGGAAGAUGAGGCUUCUUGGAAAAGUAAAAAAUGGGAAUAUUUUGAAAAAUUACGGAAAUCUCGAGGAUCAAGUUAUAUGGGUGCCAGAGUUCACUCCCAGUCAUUACAAACUGUAUUACCUUUUCCGGAUCCAUUUCCAUUGGAAAAGCUUCCAUAUGGAGCAAGGGCAAAAGAAAUGAUUAAUACUGGAAUAGUCAGCAGGCCGGGGAAAAUGCAAUUUCUAGAUACAAUCUUUAAUGAAGUUGUUAAAUACACAGGAUUAUAUCCAACACCGCAACAAAAAGUAGAAGUUGCUAAAGCCAUAGUGACUACUUUUCCAAAGCUUGACCAGAAAACAAAUCGAGGUCAAGCAUCAUCUCUUGAUUCCUGGAUUACAGUCCUCAGUGACAAAUACAGAAACGAAAGACGACUCCUGAAUCAUGGACAGUUCUAUAGAAAACCUAUAAACUAUGUAAGUCCUUGGAAAAAACGGCAGAAAAUUUCUCAGAGACAUACUUAUUCUCUUGCAAGACAUUCAGAUGAAACACCAGAGACCCAGGAAUUUCAAGAAGAAGCUCAGAAUCUAAAUUUAGAACUUCCAGACGAUGAACUAUCAAAUGCCAUAAAUGAACAGUUGCAUACCUUAGUUUCCAGAACAAUGGGAGACAACUCUGUUCUGGAUAUAGACAUUAAGACAGAACCAGUUGUUAUGAUAGAACCAGGAGGUCAAUAAAAAUAAAGUUAUUAUUUGAUUUUUUCAUAAAAGAUAAGAAUCAACAAGAAAAAAGACAUGUUAUAAAUGGCAGCUUAUUAUUUUUUUGGGGAUGGGGAGGGGGAGAUAACCUUUUCAUCCAAUCAUGAAAAUAAAAAACUCAUUGGCA